AUGUCCAUACUGAAUCCAUGUAUCUCGAAAGGUCUCCGUAAAGAAGAUGCUGACACUGCUGAAGCUGAGUUGUCAGCGGCAAUUAAUCGUUCACAUUAUGCCAAAUCCAAGUUCCAAAACCCUUGGGUAGUCAUUGAGCAGGGCCAGCAGAGCAGGAACGAGGCUAUUCUGAAAGACUUUUUAGAGAUGGGGGACAAGGCACCGGUCGCAGAUCUCCUUCGCAUACCUGUAGAGCAAGUUGAUAAGACGCACAUAGUCAGCAAAUCUACCUUGCUCUGCGUGAAUACCAUUCAGAAGCCCUUUCUUAUACCACCAGUCGCUGGAACACCAUUCAAAGCAUUCACUUUCAUUGCGCUAGGCGAUUCGAGCUAUUCUUCUGGGCUGCCUGGCUUCGGAAACCCACCGCAACAAUUCGAGAUGAAUAGCGGGCAAGCGCUCCACGCCUCAGUCGAUGCAGUCCAAGUGUUUAAGGGGGAACUUCCAUCGCAAGGGGGGGGGUUUCUGUUUCUGAUAAUGUGGAAAUGA